GGCUCAUGGCCAAAACAUUCUCCAGUCAUAAGACUCUUUUCAACAUAGCAUAACUGCAUCAGCAAGACUUGAUGGGAAAGGAGGGAGAUGAUGCAUCGAUCAUUUUUAAAAUCUGCAGAACGUUGGGGUUCAACCCUCAUAGUAACCAGGUGUUUCCAUAAUGGGCGGGGAAGAGAAGAUAAACCUCCCUUUAUCAAUCCUGGGCCAUCUAUUUUUUCAUGGAUCAGCUAUUCAGCCGCCACAGACAGCUUGGCAGAGCAGGAGAAGAACCUGUCCCAGGCGAGGUGCAAUGUUGUCCUACGGGAAGCGCCUGGCCUGCCUUCUGGUCGGAGGCGCCAUCUACCCAGCCGUCUUUCUGCUGUCAGCCCUUAUCCAAUACAGAGGAACUGUGUUUCCUCCUGGGAUCGAUCAACCCCUGAAAGCCCGCAUCUAUCAGACGAUAUUCAUCACAGGGUUAAUUUUGAUUCCUACGAAAGAGUCCUGCGCCAUGUGGCCAAAGAGGGCGAUGCUACGGUGGUAGCCGUUGGGUAUGGACUUGCGCCAGAGAAUCUUUAUCCAAGCCAGUACAUUGAAUGUCUGAAGGCUGUUGUCUACCUCAUGAAACAUUUGGAAGAUUAUGGUGUGGACAGUUCCCGUAUUAUCAUUUCUGGAGACAGUUGCGGGGCUAAUUUUGCCACGCGCAUUUGCCAGUUACUGGUGGAUCGCAGAGACCUUCCCAAGGUCCACGCCCAAGUACUGAUCUAUCCAGGUCUUCAGGGCCUGGACUUCUCUUUGCCAUCCUAUCAGCAGAACUGCAGAAGUCCACUCAUGUGGAAAAAACUGAUCGCCUACCUUUGCUGCCGCUACUUGAACAAGUCAACUUCCUUUGUAAAUGAAAUUCUGAAGAGCAGCCAUGUCCCCAAGGCCACGCAACUGAAGUACCAGAAGUGGCUGAAUGCCAACAACAUCCCUGAACAGUUCAAAGUUAGGGGCUAUAGAGAACAAGACCACACUUUGUCUAGUUUUAACCCUCAGUUCCACAAAGAAAUGAAAGAGAUGCUCUCUGAGACCUUUUCCCCCUUGUUGGCUGAGGAUGCCGUCGUCUGCAAGCUCCCUCAGACCUUCCUUUUGACCUGCGAGUUUGAUGUCCUUCGAGAUGACGGGCUGCUGUACAUGAAGCGGCUGAUAGACAACGGUGUGCCGGUAACCUGGAGCCAUGUAGAGAACGGCAUGCAUGGAAUAAUGCCCCUUUUUGGCUAUGGCAUCCUGUCCUUUCCUUCAGCAAAAAGGAUUGUCCACGAUGUCACUGAUUUUAUCAGACGCUUGUAAGCCUAAAAUGAAACCAAGAGACGGACCUCAUCUUUUCAUCUUAUUCCUGAAAUGCAGAGAAUUAGGCGUCCCAGACCUGUGCUCCCCUUUGGAAAAACUGCUUGAGUGCUGGUCAGUGAACCCUGAACCCGGGUCCUUUCUACUGGAAUGCAGCUCUGAAGAUCAAAGAGGCUCAGAAGAACUGAAGAAGAUGGUCAUCCAGCUGCUUCUCAAGCCAGAUGUCCUCAAUAGUGACAGACGUUGUGCCAAUGAUCACCACCACCUCCCUGAUCUGAAGUGUGUGUGUGUGUGUGUGUGUGUGUGUGUGUGUGUGUGUGUGUAUGUGCACACACUCCAGGGAGGGACAGAGAAGGAUUGUGCCUGGAAAGGCAGGACCUUCACACCUUGGUCCUUCGACUACUCCUGAGAAAAGAAGUGCAAGAAG